UGCGCGCACCGCCACGAAAAUCCAACGCCACAUCGUCCCCAAAAACCCAAUCCUUUCAAAAACAACAACAAAAACCUUUUAUUCCAUUAAAAAUCCCAUCAGCAAUUAAUCUCCCUCAACCGCAGAGUGUCCCCGCGAGCCCCAAUUACCCGAAACGCGUGAAAAUCCCGCAGAGUCGUUCUAUUUGUUGGUUAUCCCGUGGUCCUCCGCAGUGGCGUCAACUUCAAAAAACUGGAUUACCGUUCCCCCUCCCGGCGGCUGGUGCACACACGUAUCAUUCCCUCUGUUUAUCAAAAAUAAAGCGAAAGCAGUUGUAUUCAAAUGUCAACGGCGGUGGUGAACGUCGAUUCCUCGCCCCGAUCAUUACUGUUGAGUCGUCACGAGUCGGAGUAAUAAAAACCGAGGACUAAGGACUUUAGUUCAGUGAAAUAGUGGAAUUCGUGGUUCUGGGGGAUUCCGGUGGUCGUCUAAAUCGACAUGGGUAAUGUCCUCAAUAGUGGCGAGAAUAAUGACGAUCUCGUGGACACAUUGCGCUUGUUGCGGUACAUAAAGACGAAAAAAGUUGAGAGGGUUUUUCGCGCUGUGGACAGAGGGGAUUAUGUCCUGGCGUCUCACAGGGAUGGGGCGUACAAGGAUGUCUCAUGGAAGAUUGGGAAUAUACAUCUCUCGGCGCCUUGUGUCUACUCCAAGGUCAUGGAGGGACUGUCGUUGGAGGCUGGCUUGAGCUUUCUGAAUGUCGGCUCGGGAACUGGGUACCUCAGUACCAUGGCAGGACUCCUUCUGAGUCAUCAUGGAACUAACCAUGGAAUCGAGUUGAAUAAGGACUGUAUGGAAUAUGCUUAUGAGAGACUUGAGGAGUUCAAACAAAAAUCGCAGGCGUUGAAUGAAUUUGAUUUUUGUGAACCAGUUUUUAUACAUGGAAAUUUUUUGAGAGUAAUACCAAACAGACAAUACGACAGAGUGUACUGUGGGGCAGCGUGCCCCGAGUCCCAUGAAGCCUUCAUAAAGCAGUUCGUCAAAGUGGGUGGCAUCCUGGUGAUGCCCUACAAGGACCACUUACUGCGGAUUGAACGAGUUGACGCAGACACAUGGAGGCACAAGGCAAUGCUCCCCGUGGCAUUUGCUGCCUUAGUUGUCCCCAACGACGAGGACCAGACCAUCAUUCAACUGCCUUCCUCAGAGCCUCUAUCCCUCCAAGACCUCUGCAGAUGUUCCAUCCGCAGCCACCUCCGUGGAAUAAUCUGGCAGGAGCACCCAGAGCUGGAGUCAAGGGACCCGAUAACCUCAGACACCAGGAGAGAGCGAAAUUCCCACCCAAGCCUGCCCCUGAGCAGUCACGUCGAGUUCGUGUACGACGAUUCAGUCAGCAGGACAUCCAGCGAUAACGAGGAGGACGCAGGCACCUCCAGCAGGACCCGCCUCCUCGUCUACGCGGACCCCCGCCCCAACAGAGGCCCCCAAGAGGUGAGAGUCCUGACCCGAUCGAAACCCAAUAGUCUCCCAGAGCUGGAGGACAGCGACACAGACGAGGACGUGAAGCCUGUGCCGAGUAAAAAAAUCUCCAUCGACUCCAUGGCCUCAUCCUCCUCCUCGUCGUCCUCACUGUCCUCAUUCAUGAAUCACCAACCUCACUGUCUCCAUUCCCCAGAGCAGGAGAAAACAAACGGAGAGGACGAGGACAUGGGGGAGGGAGAGGAGCCCAUGGUCGUGGACGAAACUGAACCGAAUUCAUCUCGAAUUGAGGCAGAAUCGAAGGCAUUUACUAAUGGAAAUGAUGCGUGCAAAAACAAGCCACUGAGUGCUGAAGAUCAUUCUGAAGUGAACGAUGGAGUGAGAUUAGUGGGCGACAGGUCAAACGUCAACAGUGAUAAGAGCAAUUCGUCUCAAUCAGAAAGUAGCAAUUGCUCAUCAGCGAAAAAUGGAGAGCCUCAGGUCCCUGAGAAGUCGUUCAAGAGAGAUAACGAGAAUAAAUCGAGUAAAUGUUCAGACACUGGGGAGGGCACGAGCUCUGAGAGGUGCGACUUUCAGAGUCCAGCGAAGAAGAAAAAGUGGAGGAAACUGCUGUCUGAGAGGGAACUCGAGGGGGACUGGACCUCGAGUCGUCUUGGGGAUCGUGGGACUGAUGGGAGCGAGGCGACAUCUUCCAAGGGCUCGAAUUCCAAAGGCUCCAACGAUAAAACACCCGACUCCAGCAAGUUUGAGACUCCAGAUUGGAACUCACUGAUGAGCUCCAGCGAUGAGGACGACGAGGGGUCGGGGAGCAAGAGGAGCCCCAGUAAAAAUCCUAAAGUCUGUGGAAUCCCCGAUUUCAUCUGGGAUUCCCUGUUCGACCUGGGUCGCCACAUGAGUAGCAAUGAUGGCCCACUGUCUCUGCCUCGAGAGUCCCCGGAUGCACUGAGGAAUGGAGCUUCACAAGUGUUCGCUCAUAAUGUUCACAUUGGUAACUUGUCGGAGCACAUGAGAAAUAAAAUUCGGGCGCUGCCAUUACCCGUGUCCCUGCAGCUGUACAUAAAUUACAACAGGCCACUGUAGGUUUAUCAUUCACGAAUGUGAAACACCAAGGAGUUUAUAUUGAUAGAGGAUAAGAAUUAUUGUACAAAUUUGAGGAAAUUAAAAUGUGCGAUCAUACUUGUCAUCAAUUUUAUAGGAAGAAAGGAGAAUGUAAUCAUGAUUUUUUGGGUGAUAAGUUGAUAAAUAAAUGAUGAGAUUGGAAAAUA